AUGCUCGGCAAUCAAAAUUACAAGGACAAAAAAGUGAGAGUCAUUACUGGACGGCCAUACGAAGAUGCCGCACUCCAUAGUCCUUCCCUUGUCAGACCAUUACAGUCGAAGGGCUGCUGCCACCUUUCGACGGUGAACAUGUCACACUUCCUGAUUAGUUUGGAGACUCGAUCAUGUACUUCACCAGAUCAUGAUGCCCAAUCAGCCGAUGUUGCGUCGAUUGAUCAGACCAUAGCCAACGCUAUACUCUGGUCGAAAGACUUCAAAACUUCGCCUCAUCAUGACAAGUAUCUCAUCUUUAUGCGCCUCUGCCUGUCACUGAAACAUGCGUUCUCAGCAGUGAGCGUUCAAAUCGAUCGUUUGACAAGUGAGCAAUAUGAAGAGAACGACAUUGGCGGCGUUGUGGAUCUUAUUGAGGUCAUCCGAAUUCAGUCGUCUGGCCCAACUGAAGCAGCUCGAGCGUUGCGAAAGAAGCUCAAGUACGGCAAUGUACAUCGCCAAAUUCGCGCUCUAGUCAUCUUGGAUGCGCUAAUCCAGAAUGCCGGCUCCCGGUUUCAAAAGACGUUUGCCGAUGAACCACUCCUGGAAAGGCUGCGAAUCUUAGCUCGUGACGAUUACGGUGAUGCUGAAGUCCGUGAAAAAGCCAUGAUACUCUUCCGGCAAUGGGCUGUCGCCUAUAAGGGUACACCCGGUCUCGAAAGGAUAGCAGCGCUACACAAAGAGUUGCCUCGCACCAAGCGACCGCAACCGCAACAGUCGCGAAUCGUCAGACAACAGGACGCUGAAGCUGCACGUGAGCAUGAGGAGCACUCGCCUCCAUCUUCACCUAAACUCCGACGGGCUGAGCCACAGCACGUACCUGCAGCGACUAGCAGUAGACCUGUCGCACCGGGUACCUCUGCUCCCUUUUCCAGUUCCUCGCUUUUCAAAAGGGACAAGAAAGAAAAGAAAGGUCGCAGUACAAGAUUCAAUCUGGAGAAGGAAAAGGGGCAGCUACUAGAAACCAUCGCUUCGGCCAAUGUUGCGAGUACGAACCUUUUGAAUGGACUGCAACUCAUCAACCGCGAGCAGCAACGUGUGAGCGACAACGCCGAGGUAAUGCAACGUUUUGAGACCUGCAAGCAGCUCCGUCGCCAGAUCCUGCGCUACAUCCAUCUCGUCGAAUCUGAACAGUACAUUGGUGGGCUUUUGAACGCCAAUGACGAGCUUGUUAAAGCCCUUAUGGCGUUUGAAAUUAUGGACAAGAGCAUCGACGAUGACAGCGACAGCGACGAUGAGGAACUCAGUACCUCUCCAUCAGCCGAAUCCGCCAUGGCCGGGUUGAAGAUUGACGAGAGUGCUCCGAUGAAGCCACCGAGGCCAAGCGGUAUUCCCAUGCCCCCUGUACCUGCUGUCGUCAGGUCAGGUGCCGAUCCAGAGAGCGAUGCUGAAGAGGAGGACGACGACGACGAUCCAUUUGGCGAUCAAAACGCCGUCAGGACGCCUCGGGUAGAGAAUAGCCAGAUGACUUGGAGGGAUGUCUGA